AAACACUAAAUAAAAUAAACACCACAUAAGAGGAUCUAUUGUUAAAAAAAAUUCUUAAGUAAAUUUCUUGCUUUCUUUUCUGUAGAUCAUUUUUACAAACACAUGGAGAGCAUUGGCGUUCUGAUGACAUGCCCGAUGUCUAGUUACCUCGAAACACAACUACAAAAGCGCUUUAAUCUCUUCAAACUGUGGUCCUAUCCUUCAUUGGCGGAUUUCCUGAAAGAGAAUGAGAACUUGAAUUCAGUCAAAGCAGUAGUCGGAGACACCAAAAUCGGCGCCGAUGCCCAACUCAUCGAUUCCUUCCCGGGGUUGGAGAUUGUGUCCACCUACAGCGUCGGUUUAGAUAAAAUUGAUUUGAGAAAAUGCCAACAAAAGGGGAUUAGGGUUACCAACACCCCCGACGUGUUGACUGACGACGUUGCCGACCUUGCAAUUGGGUUAAUCUUGGCUGUUUUAAGGAGGCUUUGUGUCUGUGAUGGGUUUUUGAGAAAUGGGUCAUGGAAGAAAGGCGAUUUCCCAUUGACUACAAAGUUUAGUGGCAAAGCAGUUGGAAUUGUUGGGCUGGGAAGAAUUGGUUCAGCAAUUGCUAAAAGAGCAGAAGCAUUUGGCUGCAAAAUCAGUUACUUGUCUAGAACUGAGAAACCAUAUCCAAACUACAAAUACUACUCCAACAUACUUGACUUGGCAACCAAUUGUGAAGUCCUUGUUGUGGCGUGCGCUUUGACAGAAGAAACAUUCCACAUUAUUAACCGUCAAGUUAUCGAUGCAUUGGGUCCGAAGGGCAUUCUGAUCAACAUUGGACGAGGCUGCCAUAUCGAUGAACCAGAGCUUGUUUCUGCUCUAAUGGAAGGCCGGUUAGGUGGGGCUGGUCUUGAUGUGUUUGAAAGGGAACCGGAAGUUCCUGAAGAGUUGUUUGGACUUGAAAAUGUUGUUGUUUUACCUCAUGUGGGGACUGACACUCAUGAAACAUGUGAUGCAAUGGCAGACCUUGUUGUCCAGAAUUUAGAAGCAUACUUUCAAAACCAGCCAUUGUUAACACCAGUUGUUUGAUUUUGUUAACUCAGCUUUUGGUGUACUUUCAUUUUGAGGGAAACCGUUGUCAGACAUAUUAUUUAGAACUUUGCUUCUUGUUUUCUGAUUUUGAAAAUAGCAGCCAUUGUUGAUUGAACUUGUAAAAA